AUGUUGAGCCUUGGUGAAGCGCUCUCGUUGUUGAAGCCCGUCAAUUCCCGCAAAUAUUUGGAGAAUUGCAUAUCUUGCUUGAAAGACUACGAACGAAAAAGCAAACAAAAACUUUUCCUCCGACCUCUAAGAUCUAAACCCACAAGCACACCCCAAACACCCUUUCCCCUGGACGGCAGGACAGUGUUCACUGCGCUUUGCCAAGCAUUUGUAGCAGUCUACCAGACUAUCGAAGAACUAACUCGGGAUGGAUUCUCGAAUUCUGAAGAGUAUCUUUACUGGAAACUUCAAGAUCUCAUUGCCUUGCAUAUUAUUCGGGUGGGAUUCAAAGCGCUCGAAGUCCCGGCCCAGAGCAUUGAGCAUAAAGAGAGGUUGAUGCUAAAAGGUCGCUAA